AUGACAAUCACCAGAUACAGGGUGCACAAGUUCCUCAUUCCAGAAAGGUUUCAGGUAUCGUACUAUGAUGCUAAUGGAACUUUGGCAACGGAAGAAAACAGCACCUUGAAUCGAUGUUAUUAUGAGGGGACGGUGCGAGGAUAUUUUGGUUCCCAAGUCGCAGCAAGUAUAUGUUCAGGACUCAGAUACUUCCUGACUUGCUACGUGUUUCCAUUAGUGUCCAAAAGAGAGCUAAUCCUCAUCUUUUUCUCUUUUGUUGGAGUCAGUGCUCUAAUUAUUCUUACGAAUGAGAGUUAUGUUAUUGAGCAUCUUGAGGGAGAUGUACAUGGUUACCACCUGGCAUUUAAAUCUGAGCAUGUGAAGUUAAAGGAGAAGAAGUGCAGCAGCAGCAGGCACCUAACUGCAGAACGUACUCAACGGCCAGUUCGGUUGAAAAGGUCCCUUGGGUCAGAAAUGAAGUACUUGGAGUUGGUCCUUGUGGCAGACAGAGUAGAGUAUCAGAGUGCAUUCAACAGCAAACGAAAAGUGAUCAGUCGAUUAGCAAAUGCUGUUAGUUAUGUGGAUCUGUUCUACAGACCAUUGGAUCUUCGAAUUGCACUGAUUGGUGUUGAAGUGUGGACAACAGACCAGAUUGUGGUCGAUGACAAUGCGUUGGCCACCAUGAAACGAUUCCUUACCUGGAGGAAAGCAAACCUUCUACCAAGACUACACAAUGAUAAUGCUCAGCUCAUCAUAGGCAAGAGCUUCAACAGUCUCAAUGGGCAGCUUGCUGAGUUUGGUUCCAUGUGUUCUGAGGAUCAUUCAGGAGGUAUUGUUCUGGAUACCACUGCGGAAAGUUUGGGCAUUGCUUCUAAUCUGGCUCAUGGCAUUGGACACAAUCUAGGAAUAGAGCAUGAUUCCCCAGCUCAAAAGUGUGUUUGUGCAGACAAAAAGGCUGACUGCAUCAUGGCAGAAGUCCGAGGGCUUCAGCCAGCACAGGUCUUCAGCAGCUGCAGCAAAGAUUCUUUCCAGCGAAGUCUAACUCGUGGUGUUGGGAUGUGCCUUUAUAACCUGCCCGAUCCCAGUUUGCUGGUUCGAGGACAAAAAUGUGGAAAUUCCUAUGUGGAUCCAGGUGAAGAAUGUGACUGCGGAAAGCCUGAGGAGUGCAUGGAUCCCUGUUGUGUUGCUUUACUGUGUAAAUUUCGACCCGGUGCCAAAUGUGCAUCAAAUGAUAUCUGCUGCAGAAACUGCAAAUUCGUAAAAGCAAAUCGAAUUUGCAGGAAACCCAUUGGAGAAUGUGAUUUCUCAGAGUAUUGCACGGGCGCACAUUCAAAGUGUCCCAUCAAUAUGUACAAGAAAAACUUUUACCCCUGUGCAAAUGGGACUUCAUACUGUUUCAAUGGCGCAUGCCAGACACUGCAGACUCAGUGUCAGAAUAUCUGGGGACCAACCUCCGCUCCUAGUCCCAUUUUAUGUUAUUGGUACAUGAACAUAAUAGGAAAUCAAUUUGGAAAUUGUGGCCGGAAGGAUGAUGGCUUCUUUGUGAGUUGCCCUAUAAAAGAUGUGAGAUGUGGAAAGCUUCAAUGCAAUGGUAAAGGCAUAUCACCAGCAAUUGGUGGAAGAACCGAAAAUGUUGUGUCCCAGUUCUCCAACAAAGGCCGGAAUAUCGAGUGUUAUGGAACAUAUUUCACAGGUGAUGCUGAAGGCAUUGAUCUGGUGGCAGAUGGCACUCCCUGCGGUUUGGGAAAGGCGUGCUUCAACACCAUUUGUCGUGGCGUGGCUGGUUUUGGUGUCGCCAAGUGUAACAAGCACUGCAAUGGUCAUGGGGUAUGUAACAAUAAUGACGCAUGCCACUGUGACCCAGGCUGGGCACCCCCAAAUUGCACCACUGCAGGACAAGGUGGCAGCGUGGACAGUGCAACAUGGUUUUCACAGCAGCCAGCUGAAAAGUAUGAACCUAAAACUCCAAAACCAACUGCUGUUAUUGAGAAUAAUUUCAUCUAUCCUAAAGUAAAACCCACCAGUCCAGGAUAUGUUUUUCACCUCUACCCACAGGGACUGUACAUCUUCUGA